UUGAAAUUCUGUUUAAGUACAAUUUAAUUAACAAAAGUUAUGCAAAUAUUAACCAUCCGAGAGAUGGCGUUGACAUCUAAUUCUUCUUCAUCAGUCAAGUAAUCGUGAUGGUGUCGUGAACUCGUGAGUGAAGCAGUUUUCCAUCCAUCUCCUGAUGAAGAGAGGAUUAGGAAGCGAAGGCUUCUUCAUUUGUAUUUCUAUUGUAUUGUAGUGGUACUUCCAACUGGACCCAUCUUAUUGAUCGAAUGGUCUAGUUUGACCCGCAGUCAGUAAAAUGUUUGAAAAAUCGGUACAUUACUGCGAAAUUUACAGUAUUUAUUAUGCUUCCAUUAUCCUAAAUAAAUGAUACCGUAAUGCUGACACAGCAGCGGUGAACUGCAGUGUUCUGUAAACAUUGUUACAUUAUGACUGGCACAUAAGGAUAUUCUCUAAAUUAGUGAAAAAGCUUGUAAAAAUGGAAGCUUCGACUGACAACUGGGACCCAGCUCUUACUCGUCUUUUGGCUUCCCUGAAAGAAGUUCAGUCUGGAGGUGAAGACUUAGCCUUUCUCAGUGAACUCUUGCAAUCCAAACAACUGAAUGCUCUUGUUCAAGUGCAUAACAAAAUUGUUGCAAAAGGGAAAGAUGAUAAAUUUUACCCAUUGCUAUCAAAUGCUAUGCAAGUUACUUUAGAGGUGUUGGACCUUCUUGGUGAAAUGGUGGCCUCUUCUAAGGAGUAUGAAGAGUUGCUGGGUUUAUUACAAAAACCACAUUUUCAAGCCAUAUUAUGUACCCAUGAUGCCGUUGCGCAAAAGGAUUACUACCCACAUCUUCCAGACAUACCCCCUGAUGCUGAUGAAGAAGAGGAAACUGUUAAAAUAGUUCAACUCGUUAAAAGUGAUGAGCCAUUGGGGGCAACUAUAAAAACUGAUGAGGAAACCGGGAAGAUAGUAAUUGCUCGAGUGAUGCACGGAGGGGCUGCGGAUAGAUCUGGCCUCAUCCAUGCUGGUGACGAGGUCAUUGAAGUCAAUGGCAUCAGCGUGGAGAACAAAACACCAGCUGACGUACUAGCUAUCUUGCAAAGCUCGGAAGGUACAAUAACAUUCAAAUUGGUCCCGUCAUUCGGAAAGGGUGGCUCCCGAGAAAGUAAAGUGAGAGUGCGCGCUUUAUUCAAUUACCACUCUUCUGAAGACCCGUACAUACCUUGCAAAGAAGCAGGGUUGAACUUUAGAAAAGGUGAUGUUUUACAUAUUGUUUCACAGGAUGAUGCUUAUUGGUGGCAGGCUCGCCGCGAGGGGGAUAAAGUAAUGAGGGCUGGAUUGAUACCGUCGAGGGCCCUGCAAGAGGGCCGAAUCAUUCAUGAGCGACAGUCUGAUCCCCAAACAAUGGACGGUAAACCAGCGCUUUGCAGUCCUUCCACUGCCAACUCGGAUUGCGCGCCCAAAACCCCGUGUUCACCCACACCGACCGCCACUGCACUCCUGCCAUGCAAGUCUACGCCGAAAGUGAAAAAGAUCAUAUACGAUAUUACAGAAAAUGACGAUUUCGAUCGCGAAAUGAUACCGACAUACGAGGAGGUAGCGCGACUGUAUCCCAGACCAGGGCUCGUCAGACCCAUUGUGCUGGUCGGUGCGCCGGGAGUUGGCAGGAAUGAAUUGCGGAGAAGACUCGUCGCCACCGACCCUGAAAAGUUCGUCACACCUGUGCCCUUUACUUCUCGUCCAUUGAAACCAAGUGAACAGAAUGGCAAAGAAUAUGUUUUCGUCAGUCGCGAGAAAAUGGAACAAGAUAUUGCAGAUGGAAAAUUCAUAGAACAUGGAGAAUAUAAAGGCAAUCUAUAUGGCACCUCCGCAGAGAGCGUAGAGAGUAUCGUGAAUUCAGGGCGCGUGUGUGUCAUUAGUCCUCACUGGCAAGCGUUAAAGAUGCUACGCACGCCUCGAUUGCGACCGUAUAUAGUCUUCAUCAAACCGCCUCCUUUAGAGAAAUUAACUGAAACAAGAACGGCUGCUAAUGCUCGUUCCACUUUUGACAAAGAGAGCUCUCGAGCUUUUACGGAAGAAGAAUUUUCGGAUAUAAUACGUUCAUCAAAUCGUAUUAAUUUCCUCUACGGAUAUAUGUUUGACGAAGAAAUUUUAAAUGAAGACUUGGCCAGUGCUCUUUCGCAGCUCAUGAAAGCAGCUUGGAAGGUACAGUCCGAACCUCUCUGGGUGCCUGCGUCGUGGGUCCAGUAAGAUGUAUCUUUUUAUUUAUUUAUUUUUGAACCUUUAUUUGUACCAACAUACUAUUAUACUGAACUUAUUUACGUUUAUGUGAUAAGUGGGCAUGCCUUAAGAUAAUCGCCAAUUUUGCGAAUGAACGCUGAACGCACGAACCUUAUUAUUUUGCGGAAUAAACUCGUAUUGUACACGCGGCGUAAUAUGAUCUCGUUAGCUAUGUACCUGUUUAAGUUGUCAAUCUAGUCUAGCUGAAAUUAUUUAUAGGUAAAAUAUUUAGGUCCUUUUAUUAGUUCAAUUGUUUUAAAAAAUGUCAAAACAAAUACUCUUCUUCCAAAGUAAAAAUAUAUUUUAUAAACUAGAAUCAGAGUUAUCAGAUUAAGUGCCUAAGUAUCCAUUCAAAAUGUAAUAAUAAAACAAUAACAAUAUAUCCUACACUCUAAAUCCAUGUAAUUAUAAGUAAUUUUAAUAUUAACUUAGGUAAUUAUUAUUUUUUGUUUUAAGCUAAAAUAAAUCAUAUACAAUAUACAUAGUAUAAUUUGAGGACGGUGCGGAAUAAUGGCAAGCGAGUAAACAGCGGUGCAUUGACUUAAACAUUCUUAAUACACUUAUUUUUAUUUAUUUUCUUAGAAAAUAAAUAAAAGAAAAGUUUCCUAUUACAUACAUUAUCAUAAUAAUUAUUCUUCUAUACGUUACAUACACAAUAUGUAUAUUGCAGUCAAUUGGUUAAAUUGGCUGCAAUAAUAAUAUCAUGACAAAUAAAAAGUUAAAAGGUGCAUAAUUGUUACUACUUAACAUAUAAAUGUUAUAGAAUGUAAUUUUUAAACACGCAUUACUUACACGUUGAAAUAACACAGAACGGUAGCCUUUUUAAAUAAAACACUGCUUGUUGUUUGUAGUGAUUCAGUCUUAACGUCGUUUUUAAUGUGUUUACGACUAACAUAUGAUUGAUUUACAUUCAAUUUACCGAAACGUUAAAUAAAUGAACUGAAACUCGAUGUGAGUGAAAAUCUAUAUAUAUAAAAAUGAAACCCGUUUCGCGUUGUCACGGCAUCACGUGUGAA